UACAACUUACAAAAUUAUCUUUACAGCGUAAUUAUCCAGUCUUCUUCGCGGAACAUGUCAUACCACCGUGGUUUUCGCCAAAUUGUAAAUAUUUAUUUCUCUUUCCCAACCUUCCUUGAAUUAAUUAUUAGAUUCUCAAUUCAAUUUUCUUUGAUCUGCACUCAAUUUCGAAGAAGUCUCAAUUUUCUUCGCAUCUCCAAUUGGAAAAUUGGCUACAUUUGAGAUUCACACAAUCACACCGACACUCUUCACUCCAAUCCCAAUCUCAACAAACGAACACGAACGAAUCUGCUGAAUGGUCUCAGCCAUGAACAACCGCAGGGAACGUGGCUCUAGAGCAGCACUCUUUGAUGAUAGCAUCGAGGAGGGUGGUAUUCGGGCCUCUUCCUCUUACUCUGGAGAGAUUGAUGAGCAUAGCAAUGACAGAGCUAUAGACAGCCUGCAAGAUAGAGUCAUCUUUUUAAAGAAAUUAACAGGUGACAUACAUGAGGAGGCAGAGAGCCAUAACCGUAUGCUGGACCGGAUGGGCAAUGAGAUGGAUUCAUCAAGGGGAAUCAUGUCAGGAACUAUGGAUCGGUUCAAGAUGGUUUUUGAGAAGAAAUCAAGUCGGCAAAUGUGUAAACUCGCGGCAUAUUUUGUAGUUUCUUUCUUCAUUAUCUACUAUGGCAUUAGGGUUCUUGGAUUUUUCAUGUCUGGUUGAACUUUAAAGUUGAAUUUUGAAGUGGGCCCAAUGAAGAUUUUGAUGCUAAACAGGAGUAGAACAAAGCUAUUCUUCUCAUUGCUUAUGGUAAGAAAGGUUAUCAGAAAGCAGUGUGUUUGGUUAUGAAGUAGGUUAUUCCAGUGAGAACUGAUGAGAGCCAGAAUUUUUAUGCUGAAAUGAAUUGCCAUUAAUUCCUGGUGAUUUGGCAUAUGUUUGGUUGUGUGAGUUGGUAUAAUUCUAUACAGAAUUAUUGUUGUGAUGUCUACAACAUUUUUGCAUGAAGCUGUUUGGCUACAUGGAAAUGCAAAUUUGUAGGAAUUGACAACCGAUGUGUUCCCAUUAUUCUUUUGCUGAUUGAAUGAUUUGCUAUGAUGUUUUAAUAGAUGUUCAAAGAGAAUUUAUAACUA